CUGUUAACUCAGGCCCGAGGGCUAGGGAGAGACGGCCAGAGCGCGCCCGCUUCCACCAGGGCCAACCCGUGCUCCGCGCCCAGCCAUGGCCCGGGGGCGGGGCUCGGCCCUCUGCGGUGCUCAGAGGCAGCCCUCAGAGCCCGCCCGGGAGGUGUCAGCUCUGACCCAACCUCCCAGGCACACUACCCGCAGCUUCAUCUCUCUCCUCGCCCCGACUUGGAAUCCGCCACAGGUGCCUGAAAGGUUGCUGGAACCAUUUAAGCUUUGGGGACACUGGGGCCAGCAGCUGGCACAGUAGGAUGCCCCCGUGCCCUCCUCAGCAGAACAGGAACAGGUUGUCACAGCUGUACGCCGGAGAGCUGGGAGAGAUGGAGCUGACUUGGCAAGAGAUCAUGUCUAUUACUGAGCUUCAGGGUUUAAAUGUUCCAAGUGAGCCAUCUUUUGAGCCCCAAGCACCCACCCCAUACCCUGGGCCACUGCCACCUCCAACAUACUGCCCCUGUUCAGUUCACCCAGAUGCAGGCUUCUCCCUUCCACCGCCACCUUAUGAGCUCCCAGCGUCCACACCUCACGUUCCAGACCUCCCGUACUCCUAUGGCAACAUGGCCGCACCAGUGCCGAAGCCACUCACUCUUUCAGGCCUGCUCAACGAGUCCCUUCCUGAACCCUUAGCUCUCCUGGACAUUGGGCUGCCAGUGGGGCAGCCAAAGCCCCAAGAAGACCCAGAAUCCGACUCGGGAUUAUCCCUCAAUUACAGUGAUGCCGAAUCUCUCGAGCUAGAGGGUGCAGAGGCUGGCAGACGGAGGAGUGAGUAUGUGGACAUGUACCCGGUGGAGUACCCUUACUCACUUCUGCCUAACUCCUUGGCCCACCCCAACUAUGCUCUGCCACCCACGGAGACACCCUUGGCCAUAGAGUCAUCCUCCGGCCCUGUGCGGGCGAAGACUGUUGUCCGUGGGGAGGCCGGGAGCCGGGAUGAGCGACGAGCCCUGGCCAUGAAGAUUCCCUUCCCUACGGACAAGAUAGUCAACUUGCCAGUUGAUGACUUUAAUGAGCUGUUGGCACAGUACCCACUAACGGAGAGCCAGCUGGCUCUAGUUCGGGACAUCCGUCGGCGGGGCAAAAACAAGGUGGCAGCCCAGAACUGUCGCAAGAGAAAACUGGAGACUAUUGUGCAGCUGGAGCGGGAGCUGGAGCGGCUGGGCAGUGAAAGGGAACAGCUCCUCAGAGCCCGAGGGGAGGCCGACCGCACUCUGGAGGUCAUGCGCCAACAGCUGGCAGAGUUGUACCAUGACAUUUUCCAGCAUCUUCGUGAUGAAUCUGGCAACAGUUACUCACCAGAGGAGUAUGUACUACAACAGGCUGCUGAUGGAGCCAUCUUUCUGGUACCCCGUGGAACCAAGACGGAGGCCACAGAUUGAGCUAGCCUAGAGAGGGCACACACUGGUGCUAGGGACUCCCCUCAUUCCCACUUGUCAAAGGUA